AUGGCGUUAGUGUCUCUGCUACUUUCUUUUUUAACCUCGGAUUGGCUCACGGUUUCCGCUGUAUUUUUUGCCACCUAUGUAGCGUGGUAUUACUUCAAAUAUUUUACUCGCGCGAACCCUCUGCCUGGUCCGUUACCAAUUCCAUUACUCGGCAAUUUGCUUCAGGCAAAUUCUGAUUUCGCCCUAUGGGCAGACACGUUGCAGGAAAAAUACGGAGACAUGUUUGAAGUUUACUUGGGACCACAACGUCACAUUUGGCUGGGCCGUGCUGACCUUGUGGAGAAAAUAUAUACCUCUUCGACAAAAAGUAAUUAUUUCAUCCAUCAACCAGAUUCUCACGGAGGACUCGCUGAACUAGAUAUGGCUGAUAAAGGACUAGUAUUGAAUUGUAAUAUACAUACUUGGAAGUUUAAUCGUAAAUUCUUAACACAAUCAUUGAUGUCCAAGAAUUUUCUGAAAGAAGCAUUGGAAGAAACAAUUACUAGAUUCACAGAAAUCGAAUCAUAUUGGGCUAAACAUGGUUACAAUAAAGAAUUGGAUUUUCCACAGUGGAUGACCAGAUUCUUUACAGAUUCUACGACAACCAUGACCACCGGAAGAAAAGCAACUGCCUCUUUCGCUUAUUAUCAACAGAUCGCGAAAAAUAAUAAUAGUAAAUCUGAACCAGCUGAAACUGAAGUAUUUUUAAACCAUUUACUUACCUGGGAAUAUUCAAUGAAAUUCUUUGUUCUACUACCACCAUUCCUCAGAAAUUACGUACCAAUAUUAUAUAAUUACAAUGAAAAAUAUAAGAAAAAUAAAGAAUGGUUGGACGAAUAUCUUUUUAGAAUAAUCAGAGAUCGUAAAUCUGAAAUCGAAAAGACACCAGAGGACAUGUCAUUGCGUUCUAACGUGUUAACACUCUUAAUUACCGCUAAUACAUCAAGAGGGAUGAGUGUUGAGGUUGAAGGCUCCCUUCGAACUAUGUCCGAAAAAGAGAUAUCAUCUAAUAUGUUGGAAGUAUUUGCUGGGGGUAUUGAAACAACCGCUAAUUCGGUUAGUUUCAUUGUAUAUUAUCUGUGUACCCAUCCUCAAUACCGAAGACGGUUCCUUCAAGAAAUCCACGAUAUUCUCGGUGACGAUCCCAAUACUCCGCUCCAAUUCGAAGACCUCGACAAAUUCAUCUUUCUCGAUGCAAUAAUAAAAGAGUCCGCCCGUCUUAACCCCGCUAUUUCGUUAUUCUUCCGUACAGCAGCGGAGGAUGAUACAAUAGGUGGUAUGAAAUGGAAAGCAGGAACCAUGUUUUUCACCAACUUCCAUGGAAUUCACAUGAACAAAGCACAUUGGAAGAAUCCGAAGGAAUUUAAUCCCGACAGAUUUUUAGAAGGAGCUGACUCUAUACCAAAGAACGCCUUUAUGCAAUUUGGCGGUGGAAUGAGAAUUUGUCCGGGUCGAAUAUGGGCCAUACUACAGAUAAAAGCAUUGCUGAUUUCAUUGUAUAGAAAGUACGAGGUAGAAUUAGCUGACAAGAAUGCACCCUUGAAGCAUGUGUAUACGAUAGUUAAUCACGUUUACGAUUUGAACAUUAAAGUUACUCCAAAGGUUGUAGGUUGA